AAAUGGGCAAGUUCAUGAAACCAGGGAAGGUGGUGCUGGUCCUGGCCGGACGUUACUCUGGACGCAAAGCUGUCAUCGUCAAGAACAUUGAUGAUGGCACCUCCGACCGCCCCUACAGCCAUGCUCUGGUAGCUGGAAUUGACCGCUAUCCCCGAAAAGUGACAGCUGCCAUGGGCAAGAAAAAAAUUGCCAGAAGGUCAAAGAUCAAGUCCUUUGUGAAAGUUUAUAACUACAAUCACCUCAUGCCCACAAGGUACUCUGUGGAUAUCCCCUUGGACAAAACCAUUGUUAACAAGGAUGUCUUCAGAGACCCUGCUCUUAAACGCAAGGCAAGGCGGGAAGCCAAGAUGAAGUUUGAGGAGAGGUACAAGACAGGCAAAAACAAGUGGUUCUUCCAGAAGCUGAGAUUUUAAAUCUUCAAUUUCAGUCAUUAAAAAU